AUGUUAUAUUAUUAUUUCCAUAGCAACACGAUUACCACAAAGAACAUAAACAAAAAACAAAAGAACAUAACCGAUAUACGCAACACGAAUCGAUAGAAAAUGACAUAGUUCUCUUUCGUUAUUGUUAAGAAUAAAAUAGGUAAGUGCCUAGUGUUCAUUUUUUCCAUUAGUAAAUUAAAAAUAAUAUGACGGAAACUGCAGAGUAAGCAUAUUGUGGUGAUCGGACCAGUACCCAUCGAAAAAUGUUUAUAUUUUAGUACGUAAUACACGAGUACAAUAAUAUCGAACAACGAAAAUGCUGCAGGGGUUGUUGUCGAUGUUGAAGCGGUUGCGGUCGUCACCGGACAAGGAGCUUCGCAUCCUACUUCUGGGUCUGGACAACGCGGGAAAGACGACGCUGAUGAAGAAACUCGCGUCGGAGGACGUGUCACACAUAACGCCCACGCAGGGUUUCAAUAUUAAGUCCGUGCAGGCGGAUGGCAUGAAAUUGAAUGUAUGGGACAUUGGCGGGCAGCGCAAGAUAAGACCGUAUUGGCGCAACUAUUUCGAGUUCACCGAUAUACUAAUUUACGUUGUGGACAGCGCAGACAGAAAACGUGUGGACGAAACAGGAUUCGAAUUGAACGAACUGCUCAACGACGACAAACUACUCGGUGUACCAGUGUUGGUAUAUGCCAACAAACAAGACUUGGCGCUGGCGGCAAAAGCUUCGGAAAUAGCGCAAGAACUCAACUUGCACCUAAUUCGUGAUCGGCCCUGGCAAAUACAAGCGUGUUCAGGCAUACGCGGGGAAGGCAUCAAAGAAGGAUUGGAAUGGAUCAGUCAAAAUGUAAAAAAGAAGUAAUUAUGUACAUUUAAUGAAUAUUUUGUUCACACUAAUUACUAUAGUUUAUUUCAUAGGUUUAUGUAAG